CACACACACACACACACGCACACACACAAGUUAAGAGCAGAGAAAGAGAAAGAAGCGGAGCUGCCAGGCGGUCUGGAGUCUCUACAAUGGAUGCCGUACCGUUUAAUAUCGCGUUCGUCGUCCUCCUCCUCGGGGCUUGGAUCCAGGGAACGCAGGCCCUGCAGUGCCAUUGCGCCCGCUGCAACGGCAACUCCAGCUGCACCACGGACGGCGUGUGCUUCGUGGCCGCCCGCAAGUCGGGCGGCGAGGUGGUGAUCGAGCGCAGCAUGUGCGUCCCGCUGUACGAGCUGAUCCCCCGCGACCGGCCCUUCAUCUGCGCGGUGGCCGCCCGUGAUGAGAAGGGCAUCUACCCCAAGUGCUGCAACAUCGACUACUGCAACGCGCCAGACCCUAGCAUGUUCCCUGUGCCCUCAGAGAAGCCCCCCGCGCUGGGGCCCGUGGCCCUGGCGGCGGUGAUCGCGGGGCCCGUGUGUGUGCUGUGUCUGCUGCUGGUGGUGGCCUUCUACGUGUGCCACAGCCACCGCAUGGGGGCCGGGGGGGUCGGGGCCCACCACCACCGCGUGCCCAACGAGGAGGACCCCAACAUGGACCACCCCUUCAUCACGGGCGGGGCCACCCUCAAGGACCUCAUCUACGACAUGACCACCUCCGGCUCCGGAUCAGGGCUGCCGUUGCUGGUCCAGAGGACCAUCGCCAGGACCAUCAUCCUGCAGGAGAGCAUCGGGAAGGGGCGCUUCGGCGAGGUGUGGCGGGGGAAGUGGCGCGGCGAGGAGGUCGCCGUCAAGAUCUUCUCGUCCCGGGAGGAGCGCUCCUGGUUCAGGGAGGCCGAGAUCUACCAGACGGUCAUGCUGCGGCACGAGAACAUCCUGGGCUUCAUCGCCGCCGACAACAAAGAUAACGGAACGUGGACUCAGCUGUGGCUGGUGUCUGACUACCACGAGCACGGGUCCCUGUUCGACUACCUGAACCGCUACACGGUCACCGUGGAGGGCAUGAUCAAGCUGUCCCUGUCCACCGCCAGCGGGCUGGCCCACCUGCACAUGGAGAUAGUGGGCACACAAGGUAAAGGAAAGCCUGCCAUCGCCCACAGGGACCUGAAGUCCAAGAACAUCCUGGUCAAGAAGAACGGGACGUGCUGCAUCGCCGACCUGGGCCUGGCCGUCCGCCACGACUCGGCCACGGACACCAUCGACAUCGCCCCCAACCACCGCGUGGGCACCAAGAGGUACAUGGCCCCAGAGGUGCUGGAUGACUCCAUAAACAUGAAGCACUUUGAGUCCUUCAAGAGGGCGGACAUCUACGCCAUGGGCCUGGUCUUCUGGGAGAUCGCAAGCCGAUGCUCCAUGGGAGGCAUUCACGAAGACUACCAGCUGCCGUACCAUGACCUGGUGCAGUCGGACCCGUCCGUGGAGGAGAUGAGGAAGGUGGUGUGUGAACAGAAGCUGCGGCCAAACAUUCCCAACCGCUGGCAGAGUUGUGAGGCCCUGAGGGUGAUGGCCAAGAUCAUGCGUGAGUGCUGGUACGCCAACGGUGCGGCCCGCCUGACGGCACUGCGCAUCAAGAAGACGCUGUCCCAGCUCAGCCAGCAGGAGGGCAUCAAGAUGUAGAGCCGCACACACAUACCCCCCUGUUGUUUUUAUUAUUCAAAGCAAUGUCUUAUAUUAUCAUUAUCAACCCGUCCCUGCCCGGGAGAUUACCUUUUCUUUCUGUACUGGGCAGGAGUAUAUGUAUAUGUAUAUUUCCUUCAUUUUUUGGUUUUGGUUUCAUUUUUGAGUAGCCACACAGCACCCGUCAACACACACACACACACACGCGCACGCGCGCGCACACACACACACACACACACACACACACACACACACACACACACACACACACACACACACACACACACACACACACACACACACACACACACACACACACACACACACACACACACACACUCUCUGGUGUGGGCCCCCCCAGCCUACGCGGACCACUGGGGCGUGGGCACAAUGGAUAGGCUGGAGGACUCAUCCUGAAAGCUUGUGAGGGAGUGAAGGCCAGACCCCCGCUCUCCUCCGCGCUCUGGGGAGGUCCCGGUAAACCAGGUCUGGGAGGGUCCAACAGAGACCCAACCAAUGGUGCUCCGGCCUGAGAGCCAGUCCACCACAGAGACACGAGGGAGGCCUGCUCUCUCCUCAUGCUGCUGACGUCACUCAGCAGCCCUUCAUCAGCAUGGGCAGCAGAGCUCCUCCCAGUGGUGCCCCCCUCUGCCACUGGUGUCCCCUCUGCCAUUGGUGUCCUCCACUGGUGUACCCCUCUACCACUGGUGUCCCCUCUGCCAGUGUUGUCCCCUCCUGGGAGGCUGGUGUUCUGUGUGGCGACGCCCCCUUGCUGUCCCUUUUGUUUUCUGAACCGCCAUCAGUAUUACCGGCAAGACGGGUCAGUUCAUAUCAUUUCUUUCUAUGACAGAGUAUCCGAUUCCUCAGCAUUUUAUUUCGUCAUUAUUUGUGUGUCUCAAUUUCUUAGCUACAUUUGGAAUUUUUAUUUUGGACAGCAUCUCAUUCAUUCUCCGCUAACAUGCUGGAACAUAUGCAAACUAAUGAUUUAUGCUAUACAACACAGGCGGACAACAACAAUAGAACUACAAACCGACAUAACGACAACACAGAACUACAACACGAGAGGACAAAAGAAACACAACACGAGAUGACAUAGAACUACAACGCAGGAUGACAACAGGACUACAACACUAAAUGACAAUAGAACUACAACACAGGUGACGAUAGAACUAUAACACUAGAUGACUAACAGAACAACAGGAGACCGCUGCCGCCAUGCCUUCCAGGCUACCCUUCGAGUGCCACAGCUUUAACUGACAGCUCGUCCACCUCCAGCGUGCGGUAGGAGACUGUGUGUGUCUGUGGUGUGUGUGUGUGUGUGUCCACACCGUGGUGUGCGUGUGGUGCGCAUGUGCUCUGAGCAGCGACGGCCUCUAGGGGCGCUGAGGAGCACACACACACACACACACACACACACACACACACACACACACACACACACACACACACACACACACACACACACACACACACACACACACACACGUGCACGCCAAACUCAAACCUGAGCCCUCUCCCUGGUGCCAUCAGCCAGCCUGCGCCUCAGCCAGCCUGCACCUCAGCAGCAGCUCAUCCUGUGGUCCCCAGGGGGCCCCAGCUCCUCCGUCAGGGGCCGAGCAAACAGCCGCUUUGGUCUCGACCGCAUUGGUGCCGUUGUUUACAAAAUGGGGGGGGUGGCAGGCAUGUUGUUUUCAAGCAUUAACUUUUAUCAAAUGAUAAUCAAAACUUAAAAAAAACUUGGAGUGAUGUACAUUCGUUUUAAAUAUAGCAAGUGGAUAUUUACUAAGCCAUAGGUUUUUCCAUUGAUUUGGAGUAACGUGGUUUAGUUGAUUUAUGUUUUGUCCUUUUAACGGCAAGAUCUUUUUCUACUAGAAUGUACAUUUCUGAAGAUGCCACCGCAAAAACAAAAGAGAAAACUGCAACUUUGUCAUUUCAGCUUUGCAAGCCUUAAGGGACCAACAAAAUAUGCUUUUGUUUCUUCUGUAAAACAUAUAUAUGAAUGAUUAACGGUACUUUGUUUAAAACUGAUCAUAUAUAAUCUUAAGGACAAAAAAUGAUAUGUAGCACAGUCUUAUUUAUUGUCUCGGGGCCAUACUGCCACACAGCUAAACCAGUUCAAACCCGUCAAAUAACAUUUAAAUAACAACUACUUGGAAUACUGACACACGGCCUGUGAGUUUGGUCCUUCUUCAAAUGUCACUUGAAAGAAUAUCUGUUUAUUCAGCAAGUGCACUUCACGGUUUAGAUGUGUGGCCCUAUGGACCUGGUCGACUAGUUAUCUAGCUAACUAGUUAAGUUUGUCUUUAUUUUCUUCUUCUUCUUUGGUUUUAGACGAUGUAUUGAUGUGCUGCUAUGGAGUCUGGCCGUCCUGCUGAGGAGGGGGCCAGCUCCGGUUGGAUGUACAGUACAUAUCCUCAUUGCCUGACUUCAAUCUGUGCCAUGUCGCUAUUCUGUGGCUCCUCAAGUUCACUUUUGUAUCGACUGGAGCCCAUAAUAGUCCUCCAUUUUGAAAGCCUGUUUUGUAUGAAAGUUAUCAAAAUAGUCUGUGUGUUUGAAUAAUCAACCACAGCAAACUCUCCACAAGUGCAUCCAACAAAAAAAUUGAAUUUCUGUGCCAUAUACACCUGUAUAGAAAUUGAACUUUCACAAAUGUUGUUUUCCCAUGGAAGGAACUUCUACUUGUGUUGGGUGGGAAGGGGGGGGGGGGGGGGGGGGGUCUACGGUUUUAAACCGGUUUGAUAUAAAAGAGAAGAGAAUCGUCAAUCGUUUGCUGCUAUCUCAAAGCAAAAGAGGGUUCAUUCAUUGCCUCUACUGAACCCUGACCCUAACCCCCACUCCAACCCUGACCCUAACCCCAGCCCAGGGGUCAGGGUUAACCCUAUCCAAGCCUUCAGGGUCCCAAGAUGGGGGGGGGGGGGGGGGGGGGGACAGUAGACUAUCAACAUUCAUUCGGCUACAGUUCUUGAUUGGACUGUGUGGUGUUCAUGUUCUGCUAGACAAGUCAUACUCUGGGACAUUAACAACAACAAAAGCUCAACUCAACAGCACCUCCCCUGGUUCGCCUCCACCAGGACACCUGUUCAUUCUGUCUUAAUGAUCACCAGCAGCCUUCCUCUUUACUUUCUUCACUUGUAAAAAGACUUCUGACUCUGGUUUUAUACACCGCAUAUGAAUUCCUCUUCUGGUCACAUUACUGAAUAAUCUGCUUUGCUCUCCUUCAGCCCUCCCGGAGGUCCAGGUCUCGACCCCGGGUCCCCCAGGUUAGACUAGAGCUCCAGACCGCUGAGCCCUUGCUGAGGUCCAGGUCAUGGCCACUCUAGACCGUGACCUGGACCCAGAGCGCUCCAGUUGAGCCCUUCAGAACCAAACUCGGCUCCAGCCUUGUGACUAACCAAUCAACAAAUGAAGUAGUAUUAGUUCAGUCUUCGGUUACUCUUUAAAGGACCAAACAUAACAACCUUUUAAGUCAAUAAAUGCAUAUAGAAAUGUGUGAAAGAAAUUAAGAAAUAUCUGAAUACAUGUCAGAAGUGAAAAGUUGUUCUCAUGAUCUGAUGGUUUCUGUAUUUUUUUUACUCCCAAUUAUAGCAAUUAUUCGAGUAUGUUUCGCUCAGUAUUCUGUGUGUUUACCAGCCCUAUUUCUUUGUUUCCACACUCUGUAUAUUUGCAUUCAUUCAUUUCCAUAGCUCUUUGUGACGCAUAAGAGAGAAGCCAGUGAUGAGCUCCACUGGAGUCUGUACGCUUAAAGGUUCUUCAGAGGUACCUUCUCCCUAGUGGAGAAACGGUCUUCUGUAGGAAUCCAAUAGAGCGAGGAAAGCAGAGGUCUGCACAUGAACGUCCGUUCAGCAAAUGGACUCAUCGCUGGUUUACUGACCAGCAGAAAUCUGCUUCCACCGUCACAAAGAAAUACUGAAGUCAAGUGAAGAGCAGACAUACAGCGGGAAUUGAUAAAUAGAUGAAUUCAUUAUCAUAGAAAUACAACCGCCAAUGAGUUAAAACAACAUUUAUUGAACAUAAUUAAAUUGGACAAAACAAUUACAAAAAAUAUAGAGAAUUUAGGAAGAAAAAAGCAUUUGCAAUCACAUGUUUUAUUAAUUUCUUAAUUUAAAAAGCACAUGUAUUUAUUAAUUAAAUAUUGUUUUCAUUUGGUUCCUUCAUAUGAACAUGCUUAGAUAUGGUCCAGAUUCAGGUGUUUAGGGGGAAUGUUUCUUUAUACGUGGUUAAUGCCUUUGUCAUUGAACUUGAUUCUCAAGCGAGAUGACAUUUUAAUAGAAUAUAAAAUAGUAUUUUUUUGUUGAAUUUUCUACUCACUUAAAAGGGCCAAUACUCUAUAAGACUGGUCAGUUCCCCAAAGAAAAUCCACUUUAAUUGAAAGGUAGAAGUAAUUAGCUAUGCCCACAACGUGAAGAAGAUUACCACCCAAAUUCUUAUCUGGUUCUUUGUCUGCUGUAAGCGUUAAAUAUCUGUGCCCUUCUGUGACUCAAACCUAGGUAGGAAAUGCUAGCAUUUUGUCAUCUGUAUAGUGACCAAGGCCGCCUGUAGUCUUUCAUUACUUCUCAACGCAAGCAGAUGCAGACUACGUGGACAAAGUGUACCACUAGUGCUCCCCUCGCUCUUAGCGUCACAAUAGGUCCUGGAGCAGCUGUGGAUGUAUUGGAACACGUGUCAGUGUCUCCUCCAGCUGAGCCAGGGUUCCACCUCCAAAGGGUGAGGGUUAGAACACAGCACAGCUACAGCACUUGUUGGAUAUGCAAUAACGAUGAACAUAUGCACCCCCAACGGUGUCUUAUGCAAAUCCUCAACCGGCCCUAUAGGAUCCCGCCGGUCAGAUGAUCUACCUAUGCUAACACGAUCCACUCACUGUGACCGUAUCGUCAUGGGGGCAGUGUGAGUCACAACCCGGGGGGAGCAGCUAGGAGACUGGUUAGGAGACCUUUGUGCCCAGUGACAGUAGACACGCCCCAGUUAGGAGACUGGUGCCCAGUGACAGCAGACACGCCCCAGCGCGGUUUUGUGGCUCUCCUAUGGUAUUGAGGAGAACAGGAAGAGCACAAGCUGUAGCCUUGCAAUUCCUGUUCCUGAUUGGAUAUGAAUUAUGUGACAGAAUGAUUACCAAAGUUUGUAUGAAAAGUUUAAUAUCCAAGAAAAAAAUAAGCAAAUGAGAUGCAAUUUUUAAAAUGUGUGUAAAUUAGGUUCAGUGUUGAGGUUUUUAGAGUUGGCUAACUUCUAAGCAGGCUUAGUCAAGGUUGUGUUGAUUGGUUUGGGUCACUGAAGGGCUCUGCAGAGCGACCAGUAUAAACGUCUGCUUCCUUGAGAGGCUGCUUAGCAACCAGACUAACUCCUUUCAUUUGGCAGAACUCGGCUUUUCUUUUCCUAUUCCACCCUGAAGGACAAAACCGCAUGUGAUCGUGUUUCUGUAUUGAAGUCUGCAUCACUUGCUUUAAAGGCUGAAAAUGAACAAACUAAAAGGUCAUCAAAAUGAAAAGAAGAUACCUCCUUUAAGACCAAUGUGUUUUACCUCACUGUAAAUAUUUUCUCAAUUUGUUUACUCCAACUUUGCAAUUUAUACUUUUUUGGUUUGAUUUUUGUUUCUAUGAAAUGCUUAAAAAAUGUAAGAGAAUAAAACUUUUGUCAUGGUACUUAAAUGUCA